AUGUCGGAUAUAAUCCGGUCCGCUUCACACGCUGGUUCAUGGUAUAAUGGAAAUCAGCGAGAUCUUGAUAGACAACUUGGAAAAUGGUUGGAUUCAGCUGGAGAAAGAGUCGGACAAGCACGUGCUUUGAUAUCGCCACAUGCUGGAUAUUCAUAUUGUGGAGAAACAGCCGCUUAUGCAUUCAAACAAAUUGUGCCAGAUAGUGUGUAAGUUUUCCAUCUCGGGAAAAAAGUAGCAAGUCUGGCGACAAAAAAUAGACUUUUAGCCAGCUUGCGACCAUUUUUAGCAAGCUUGCUACAAUUUUUAUAAUGGGAAAAAAUGUAGCAAGCUUGCUAAAAAUGGUCGCAAGCUGGCUAAAAGUUUAUUUUUGUCGCGAGACUUGCUACUUUUUCUCCGAGAUCUCCUGGUGUUUCUUGGACCGGUCUGAUUCAGAUUUCAAAAAUUCUGUAAUCCUAAUCUGAUUCGAAAACUCCCAAGUUUCUGUAUUUUCUUUCAGGGACCGUAUAUUCGUGCUAGGACCAUCUCAUGUUGUUUCGUUGAAUGGAUGCGCCUUGACAACUUGCACUAAAUAUCGUACUCCACUCGGUGAUAUGAAUGUUGAUUUGGCUGGUAAGAAACAAUCGGUUUAAAAAACAUUUUACUUAAAAAGUCAUCUUUUAGUGAAUGACGAACUUCGACAAACUCGUCAAUUUGAUCAAAUGGAACGUCGUGAUGAAGAAGCCGAACACAGUAUUGAAAUGCAAUUGCCAUUUCUGGCCAAAGUUAUGGCAAACAGAAGAUUCACAAUUGUUCCAGUUCUUGUUGGUUCAUUGCCAGGAACUCGCCAACAAACUUAUGGUAACAUUUUUGCACAUUAUAUGGAAAAUCCGAGAAAUCUCUUUGUUAUAUCAUCGGAUUUCUGUCAUUGGGGAGAUCGCUUCAGUUUUUCACCAUUUGAUAGAUCUAGCGGAGUUCCGAUUUUUGAACAAAUAACAAAUAUGGAUAGAGCUGGAAUGAAUGCAAUCGAAACAUUGAAUCCAACAGUGUUCAAUGAUUAUUUGAAGAAAACACAAAAUACAAUAUGCGGAAGAAAUCCAAUAUUAAUUAUGCUUCAAGCAGCCGAACAUUUCCGACAAAUCAACAAUCAUACACACGAAUUCCAAUUUUUGAAUUAUUCACAAUCCAACAAGGUCAGAUCACCUCAAGACUCAUCUGUUUCCUAUGCCGCUGGUGUGCUUUUUGUUCAUCCAAAAUAG